AUGGAGACCCGCCGACCGGCCACGCUGGGUGUCUCAAUCACCUUCUUCGUCAUCGCGAGUGUCUUUGUCGCGCUCCGAUUCAUCUCGCGCAUCUUCGUGGUUAGGAGAGUCGGGUUACACGAUUACUUGAUGCUGGUCGCAUGGCCUCCCCCGACGAGCCUUCCCUGGCUGUCUCGCGCGCGCGCGCAUGGGCGACCUCCCCAGAUCAUUGACUUCGGCUUCUCGUUUUCCCUUUUCUACGCGACAAAGAACGGACUCGGUCUCCAUAUCGACGAUAUCCUGCCGGAGCACAAGGAUGCCCUUAACAGGGCCAAUUAUGCGUUUACGGUCCUCUACAAUCCGGCGCUCAUGGCCGUCAAAACCUCCAUUCUCGUUUUCUACCUGACCUUGACGCGCAACCAGAAAGUAUUCCGGUGGGCCAACUAUGUCACUCUGGCCGUGGUCAAUGCCGCAGGCUUCGCCUUGACGAUGAUCACCGUCUUCCAAUGCCGUCCUAUUUCGGCGGCCUUUUUCUCGACUGCCCCUGGCGGGGCAAGCUGCACCGAUAUUGUCACCCUCUACCUGUCCUCGUCUCCUGUGAACAUCAUCACCGAUCUCGUCAUCUUACUUCUUCCAAUGCCGAUCCUGACCCAAAUGCGCCUGCCAUAUAAGCAGAAAGCGAUUUUGGUCAUCACUUUCGGUUUCGGUUUCUUCGUGGCGGUAGUUGAUGUGAUCCGAAUCGCUUUUCUUCAGCAAGCGGCUACCUCGCGCCAAAUGGACCUGCAGUCCGUUCAUCUUCAAAGCUUUGGAGGCACAGACUUCAGCUGGUACGCGUCGCUUUCCUUCAUGUGGUCCGUUGUCGAAGUCAAUGUCUCCAUUAUCUGUGGUUGUGUACCAAGUCUCAAGCCUCUCGUGGCUCGCCUUAUGCCGAAACUGAUCAGGGAUACCGAUGAUCCUCAUACCAGUCCUCAUGGCAAUUAUGCAUCCGGAGAGAGCCCUGUGGCAAUGCCUGCACCGGUUGCGUUGCCAAACGCUUGCGCAACACCUUCAACGUCACGGGCAGACAGCAGCGGUAGCAAGCCAUCCCAAGCCAGGAGUGGCAGCAUCACCGGUCCCAGUGACCCUAAUGAGCCCAUGGGUCUCCUGGACUUCCUGGGUCACCCGGGAACAGGGUCCCAUGACGCAGAAGCCAACACCCACACAAGCAUAUCCUACCCACCCAACAUCACAUUCUUCGACUUUGUCAAUAUGAAGAAACCCGAGAGCAUGCUUAAGCUAAAUAACAAGGAGUCUAUUGCGCCUAUCGCUUUGACCACUAUGUUAUUCUUCCUCUGGGGAUUUGCAUAUGGCUUGCUCAGCAUGUUGAACGCCCAGUUCCAGACCAUCGUCCACCUGGACUCGUGGCACUCGCUCGGUCUUCAUGGUGCCUAUUUCGGAGGCUAUGUGGUGGCGCCCCUCCUAGUUGGUCGACCAGUCCUGAAGAUUUGGGGUUUCAAGUCUACAUUCAUCACCGGCCUGUGCAUCUACGCCUGCGGCACCCUAGUUUUCUGGCCAUCUGCCGUGCUCACAUCCCCCACCGCAUUCACCAUCUCAAACUUCAUCGUGGGUUUUGGCCUUGCAGUAUUAGAAACUGCAGCCAACCCAUUUAUUGCGCUCUGCGGUCCCCUUGAAUAUUCCGAAAUCCGACUCAACAUCUCGCAAGGCGUCCAAGCUGUCGGCAGCGUCCUCUCUCCGCUCCUGGCGAAGAAAGUCCUCUUCAAAAAUGUCCAAGACAUUGCUUCCCUAGUCGACGUCCAGUGGACGUACCUCGGCAUCGCCCUCUUCGACGUCCUUCUCGCAGUAGCCUUCUACUACCUCCCUGUCCCAGAAGCCUCAGACGAAGACCUCAAAGAACUUGCCAACCGCCGCCGCGAAGACAACAUGACCAAGGUCGCCGGUAUUCCCGUCGUCUGGCUCACCCUGGCCCUGGGCGUCUGGUGCCAGUUCUUCUACGUGGCCGGCCAAGAAGUUCUCGCCACAAGUGUGGACCGAUUUACCAACGCUUCAAACGAAAGUUCCUCCCUAGGACCAUUCGAAUUCCUCACAAUCGGCCACAGCGUCUUCGCUGUCGGCCGCUUCCUUACUGCCUUCGCUCAAUGGUUCAUCAAACCUCGCUGGAUCCUCGUGUUCUCUUAUAUCGGCAUGAUCGUCUUCACCGUCCUGUGCAUGAACACAACCGGAAACGCCGCGAUCACCAUGCUGAUGUUCGUCUACCUCUUCGAAAGUGGCGCGUUCAGCACCAUCUUCGCUAUUUCCCUCCGUGGGACGGCCCAGCAUACAAAGACAGCAGCCGUCUUCUUGGCCACGGCUAUUGGCGGCGGGACAUUUUUUCCUUUCGCCGAGUACGCUGCGUACUUGAAUCAUGGUACCCGGUACUCCUUUUGCGUCAUUGUCGCUCUCUUCGCAGCUGGUGCGAUUUUCCCAAUCUACCUCAACCUGGUCCCGGCUGUCAAGAAACAGGUCGAUCCCGUUCCGGACGAGUAUCUUCGUCGUCAGCAUCGUAGAAAGACCAAGACGAAUGUGGCUGGUGAUCUACCACGCGAAAAACACAAUCCUUCAGUCGGCGGUGUUCUGUCAAGAAGACGCAGUCUCGUCGAGGACCCGGGUUUGAUACCCGAUCUAACUUCCCCCGGUGAAACGCAUCAGGCACUUUCUACUGGUGUCAUUCAGAAUGAGAAGGGGGGUGAAAGCUUGCCUGGCUUGUCGGAAUCGGAGAGAGAACAGAGUGGCCGGCGAUGA